AUGUUGUUGCUCUUCUUCUUAUUCUCUCUAACAUGCGCUAGGAUUAUACAAAACCGUGAUCCUAAGAUUGAUCCUGUUUUUUUUGACAACAUAAUUUCGCAAAUCGUUGAGAGCUCCAUGGAUGAUAUGAGAUAUCGUUUACGUCAAGCAAUCUAUUCAGUUGCUAUCAAAAGAAAUAAUGAAAAUUUCACCCCCAAUGGGACAGCUCCCGCUCCCGGUAAACUUGGUGGUUACGAGGAAUGGCUUCUUGAUCAGUUCAUAAACCAAUUAUCUCGCCGUAAACUUAGCGAUGUACCCGAGUCCAAUCCCAUUGAAAAAGAGCAGAAGAGCACUUUACGUGAUUCGCCAAUAUCUCCUUCUCAUACUAUGAGUAUAGCUCUCGAAACGUUCACAACAAGGCCUACCCGAAAUGAUGAAAACGGUCUUAUUACCAGCAGUGAUGAUUCCCCAAGCCCUCUUUUCUUAAACGAUGAAGUUUCUGAAGCCCGCCUUACACAUUCUGAAAAGACGCUCAAAGCUUAUCUACCAUCUUGGCUGCUCAUGCUCACUGCUGGCUCAAUCGUUGCACUUAGCCUUCUCCUCUUGCUUACCACCACUAUCAUAUGUAGAAGAAAGCGGUUUAAAAUGGAACCUAAUAUCCAGCGGCUUCCGAAUCCUGUCCAUAUUUCAUCAUUUGCUUGCGUACCGGAUAGGAACAACACACCCGGCGCCUUCAUAGAACGUAUAAGAAACCAGCGAUUAACAUCUGCGGAUAGAGAUUCUGAGAGCAUUUGGGGGAAUUCAGCAACGCUGCGAACAAUCACAUAA